CCCGCCCCAGCCAGACGCACCGCGUCGCUCUCGCCAGCUCCUCCUGCAGCCCCUGCCUGCCGUGAGUGUGCUGGGCGAGGCGCGGCGCGGCCUGAGCGCGCCCUCGACGCCCGUCGCGCGCCUCCCGCGUGCCCUCCUGCCGCGUGCUGCACUAGUGCGGCCGCGUGACCUGUGUGCAGCCGCGGCAGCCGCCCGUCCACCGCCAUGGCGCAGUUUGUCACCUCGCUGCAGCCGUCCCUGGCGGACAUGUCGCGCACACCCCACGCCGGCCACCCUCCGCACCCGCACCCUCCCCCCCACAAGGGGCACGGACAUGAAAAGGAAAAGGAGAAGAUUGCGCAGAAGAUGGCGAAGGAGCAGCAGCAGCUGCAGCAGCAACAACAGCAGGCUCACUCCAAGCACGCUGCCCAAGCGGCCGCGGCCGCCAGCGUCCCGGAACGCGUCGCCGAGAAGUCCGAUGGAAACACGGCAUUUCUGCGAGCUGCCCGUGCCGGGAAUCUCGACAAAGUUCUUGAACAUCUGAAAUCCGACGUUGACAUCAACACAGCUAACGCCAAUGGACUGAACGCUCUCCAUUUAGCUUCCAAAGAAGGCCACACACAUGUAGUAACAGAGCUACUAUCUAGAGGGGCCACCGUUGACGCCUCCACCAAGAAGGGAAACACAGCACUUCACAUUGCCUCCUUAGCGGGCCAAGAGGAGGUAGUGAGAUUGCUGGUCCAGCAUGGUGCAGCCGUCAACGUGCAAAGUCAAAAUGGAUUCACACCACUGUACAUGGCUGCACAGGAGAAUCAUGACAAUGUUGUCAAGUUUCUUUUGGCUAAUGGUGCAAACCAAAGUCUUGCAACUGAGGAUGGCUUUACUCCACUGGCAGUUGCCAUGCAACAAGGCCAUGAUAAAGUAGUUGCAGUUCUUUUAGAAAAUGACACACGUGGGAAGGUGCGGCUUCCUGCGUUGCAUAUUGCUGCUAAGAAAGAUGACUGCAAAGCUGCGGCUCUGUUGCUUCAAAAUGAGCACAAUCCAGAUGUUACUUCUAAAAGUGGCUUCACACCUCUACACAUAGCAGCCCAUUAUGGUAAUGAAGCUAUUGCAAAUUUGCUUCUCAACAAGGGAGCUGAUGUCAAUUAUUCUGCCAAGCACAAUAUUAGUCCUCUUCAUGUUGCUGCAAAAUGGGGUAAAACCAACCUUGUUGCUUUGUUGUUGGAGAGGGGUGCACAUAUUGAAGCCAAAACACGAGAUGGUCUAACUCCACUUCACUGUGCUGCAAGAUCUGGUCAUGAACAAGUUGUUGACAUGAUGCUAGAAAGAGGUGCACCCAUUAGCUGCAAAACAAAGAAUGGUCUUGCUCCUCUUCACAUGGCAGCUCAAGGGGAUCAUGUUGAUGCUGCACGAAUUCUCCUUUACCAUCGAGCUCCAGUUGAUGAAAUAACUGUUGACUAUCUCACAGCACUCCAUGUAGCGGCCCACUGUGGUCAUGUACGAGUGGCCAAACUGCUUCUUGAUCGUAAGGCUGACCCCAAUGCAAGGGCUCUUAAUGGAUUCACUCCUCUGCAUAUUGCUUGCAAGAAGAAUAGAAUUAAAGUUGUUGAACUUCUCCUGAAACAUGGAGCAUCGAUAGAGGCUACGACUGAAUCUGGCUUGACCCCACUCCAUGUUGCGAGCUUCAUGGGAUGCAUGAAUAUUGUGAUCUACCUUCUACAAAAUGAGGCAAACCCUGAUGUUCCUACUGUCCGGGGAGAAACACCCCUCCAUCUUGCAGCACGUGCCAAUCAGACAGACAUCAUUCGCAUUUUGUUGCGCAAUGGAGCACAAGUAGAUGCUAGAGCAAGAGAACAACAAACACCCUUGCACAUUGCUUCCCGUUUGGGUAAUGUUGAUAUUGUGAUGUUACUGCUUCAACAUGGAGCUGCUGUAGACUCAACUACCAAAGAUCUGUACACUGCUCUGCAUAUUGCCGCCAAAGAGGGACAAGAAGAGGUUGCCGCGGUUCUUUUGGAAAACGGAGCCUCGCUUACUGCUACAACCAACAAGGGCUGCACUCCUUUACAUCUUGCUGCCAAAUAUGGCAACAUGAAAGUUGCCAAGUUAUUGCUACAAAAAGAUGCUCCAGUUGACUCCCAGGGCAAGAAUGGAGUCACCCCUCUUCAUGUUGCAAGUCACUACGACCAUCAGAGUGUGGCACUCUUGUUGCUGGAUAAAGGUGCCUCCCCUCAUGCUACUGCAAAGAAUGGGCACACACCUUUGCACAUCGCAGCCAGGAAAAACCAGAUGGAUAUUGCUACUACACUACUAGAAUAUGGGGCAAAGGCUAAUGCUGAGUCUCGGGCAGGUUUCACUCCUUUGCAUUUGAGCGCACAAGAAGGUCAUACUGACAUGUCCACACUUCUUAUUGAACAUCAAGCUGACACUAAUCAUCAAGCCAAGAAUGGCCUCACUCCUCUACAUCUUUGUGCACAAGAAGAUAGGGUGAAUGUUGCGCAGAUUCUUGUAAAAAGUGGAGCAAAUGUUGACUCUAUCACCAAGGCUGGUUAUACACCUCUUCAUGUCGCUAGUCAUUUUGGACAAGUAAACAUGGUGCGAUUCCUUUUGCAACAUGGUGCUGAUACUGGUGCUGUGACUAGUGUUGGUUACACCCCUCUUCAUCAGGCCGCCCAACAAGGUCAUUCGGGUGUUGUCAGCAUUUUAUUAAAUAGUGGAGCCCAACCCAAUGUUACCACAAAGCAAGGACAAACAGCUUUGUCAAUUGCACAAAAGUUAGGUUACAUAAGUGUUGUGGAGACGCUUAAAGUUGUGACAGAAAUAACUACAAUUACAACCACAACCACAACCACAAUUGAAGAAAAAUAUAGAGUUGUGGCACCAGAAACAAUGCAAGAAACCUUCAUGUCUGAUUCAGAGGAAGAAGGAGGGGACCAAGGCCUCGAGUGCACUGGGAUGUACUUCGGAAAACCCACGCACGCUCAGCAUGUCUACUUGCCUUAUUAUGAAGGGCAAUCGCUGCUCAAGCGAGAGGAUACUCUACUGAACGAACAGCCAUACCAUUACUUAACUGUGGAUGAAAUGAAAAGCCUUGGAGAUGAUUCCUUACCAAUUGAUGUCACACAAGAUGAUCGGCAUGAUUCCAACAGAGAUCUUGUGAGUCCCCAACAUGUGAAAGAAGUGUAUUCUGCCCAACUGAAUUAUGCAUCUGAUAAUGUGGACAUAUCUCGACAUCCAGUCAAUGUUGGAAAACUCAAGUGGAAGAAUUUCCUUGUGAGUUUCCUGGUGGAUGCCAGAGGUGGUGCUAUGCGAGGUUGCCGCCACAGUGGAGUGCGGGUGAUUGUUCCCCCACGUAAGGCACCUCAGCCUCUUCGAGUCACUUGCCGAUAUCUGAAAAGGGACAAACUUAGUCAUCCUCCUCCUCUCAUGGAGGGAGAAGCCUUGGCAAGUCGUAUUCUUGAAUUGGGUCCUGUUGGUGCCAAAUUUUUGGGACCUGUGAUAAUUGAAGUACCCCAUUUUGGUUCCCUUCGUGGAAGAGAAAGAGAAAUAGUUAUCUUGAGGUCAGAUAAUGGUGAGACAUGGAGAGAACACACUGUGGAAGCAAGUGAAGAUGCGAUUCAUGAUGUCCUUAAUGAGAGUUUUGAAAAAGAUGGUGAGCGAAAUGAGCUUAGUCAGCUAGAGGUUUGUGACUCAGGUCGUCUGACUCGCAUACUGACCACUGACUUCCCUCAGUACUUUGCUGUUGUGUCUCGAGUACGACAAGAGGUUCACGCCAUCGGACCUGAAGGUGGAAUGGUAUCAUCGUCAGUUGUUCCUCAAGUACAAGCAGUUUUCCCUCAAGGUGCUCUGACUAAGAAGAUUAAAGUUGGCCUUCAGGCCCAGCCUAUCCAAGCUGAUUUAGUGGCAAAACUCCUCGGAAACCGGGUUGCUGUUUCCCCAAUUGUCACUGUAGAACCAAGACGACGUAAAUUCCAUAAGCCCAUCACGCUGACCAUACCUGUGCCUCAAGCUGCCAAUAAGGGAAUGAUUAAUCAGUAUUCAGGCGAUGCACCAACAUUAAGAUUACUGUGCAGCAUAACAGGAGGCACUACAAGAGCCCAAUGGGAGGAUGUCACAGGUUCUACACCUCUCACCUUCGUAAAUGACUGUGUGUCAUUUACCACUACUGUGUCAGCAAGAUUUUGGCUUAUGGAUUGUCGGAAUAUAUCUGAAGCAACCAGAAUGGCCACAGAACUUUACAAGGAAGCAAUACAUGUUCCAUUCCUGGCAAAGUUUGUGGUGUUCUCAAAGAGGGUUGAUUUCUUAGAAGCUCGUCUGAGGGUAUUUUGUAUGACUGAUGAUAAGGAAGACAAAACCCUUGAGCACCAGGAACACUUCACUGAGGUGGCCAAGAGUAGAGAUGUAGAGGUGCUGGAGGGUAAAUCACAAUUUGUGGAGUUUGCUGGUAAUCUUGUUCCUGUGACGAAGUCUGGUGAUCAACUGCAACUUGGUUUCCGUGGAUUCCGUGAGAAUAGACUUGCUUUCACAACAAGGGUUAAGGAUCCUCAUGCUGAUGCUGUAGGAAGAAUUCUCUUCAUGAAGGAGGCCAAAGUGCAGAAAGGUGAUCCCCCACAACAACCUGUUUGUGUGCUGAAUAUUGUUCUUCCUGAUGAUAUCAUCCCUGAAUCAAGUACUGCCGAAUCAACUCCUCAAAAAUAUAGUCAUGUUCACCUCAGUAUCAAUGGGUCUUCAGCACCAGCUAGACCAGAAUUGAGACUUUCUGACAUUAGCAACACACUAGGCUCCGAUUGGGAAUCAUUAGCAGUAGAGCUAGGUCUAUCAAGGUCUGAUGUUGAUAGAAUAAAAAGUGAUCACCCUGCCUCUGCUGCUCCUCAACAUGCAAUGGCUAUGCUAAGGCUAUGGCUCCAGAAAUUAGGCAACAAAGCUUCUGGUACAGAGCUUCAGCAAGCACUCCAGAGGCUUGGCCGAGAUGACAUCAUACACCGUUGCAUGAUAAGCUGUGAUGACCAAGAAAUGAAUUUAACUUCCAGUCAUUUGGGCUUAGACCAAUCUGGCUUUGAUAACUUACAAGAGGAGUUGGGAGUGAGUAGAGAUGUUUCAAGAGAUGCAUCUAGAGAGGCUUCAUUACGACGAAACCUUAGUCUAGAGGCUGGAGGGCCAUAUGAUGAACAAGACAUCAUGAAGGUCAGUAGGGAUUCGGAGUCUGUUGAAGAGCUGGUAGAAAAGCCAAUACAUACUAUAGAGAGGAUAGAAGAAGUAAAACAAAUUGACAAGCAUCACCGGGAGCAGGAUGACAGCGAAGAAAGAAAAUAUGUUGCAGAGGAGAAAGAAGUAGAAGAAAAACGAAAGUCAGUUAGGGAAAGGACCCAGGAUAUCGAGAAAAGACUCUCACAAACUUCAAUGGAAGACCAGCAACAGAGAAGAGAUUCCCAACUAUUCCAGGGCGUUAGUGAGGGUUUGGAGAGGCUGAAUGUAACACAAGCAACAGAAGCUGGAGACCUGCUGUCCCCAGGUGUGGUACAGACACCUCCGCCUAGUCCCGCUGAACUCCCCUAUGACGCAGGUGAACACAAUUGGCAUGAAAGUAAGGUUUCAACAACAACAACUAUAACUUCUGAACAGCAUUCUGGCUCUCAAGUGGCGGUUGCCGCCGCAUCGCCCCAAGAGGAUGAGGACCUGGACGCAGACAGCUUCCAGGAGCAGUUCCUAUUGGAAACGCCGCCCUCGGGUAUUACCACUAGGCACGGGUUCAUCGCCGUCCCCGAUGAAAGCGACGAGGAGGCGGUGCGGACGCCUUCCACUCCGGGCGCCCCUCAGGGCGCCUCUCACAGCUCCCGGGCGACAUCACUUCUAUCCUCCGAAAAGAGAGACGUUGCUGCACGGAUCGAUAAGAUGCAGGCCAUGGGGGUGGAGUUCAAGCAGCUCGAAUCACCGGGGGAGGAGAAGGGAGCUGCUGACGAGAAGCGGGCUGAGCAUCGCAAGGACGUCGAUCGACUUGCGGGUGGUGUGGGAGACGACAACCCUCCGACAGACUCCACGACCAGUGAUAAAAGUCCACGACAAUCUUCACGAUCAACCAGUCCACCUGCUGUUUGCAGAGUAGUGCAGACACCCCCUACACUUGAACUCGUAAUUGGACACAAAAAGGUACGCACACGGGACGCAAGUGCUUCAUCAGAGAGUACAGUGACUUUGUACGGAAGUCAGGAUGUAGAGAUAUCGAUUCGGUCAGAGUCGCACAUAAGCGUCACAAGAAAGGAGCCUGGUGGGAAAGAUUCGGCGUCGGCGUCCUUUGACGCUGACGUCACCGAGGAAAGUGAGUCACCUCUACGGCGUUCAGCAAGAACUGGUGUGGAUCCACAGCGCUCUUGUGCGAAGGUUACGUACAAAGAUCAGUCAAGCCCAGAACAUAGCAGUGGCAUUUUUAUACUGCCUAGUAGAAAGGAGCGCAAGAAAGAAGAAACUGUUUUGUUUAGUGGCGAGGAAAGUGUGUACCGGUACGACCAGGGUGAAGCUAUUAUAGCUUCUGUUGACAGUCCUGGUACGGACGAAAGUGCAUCACAUCUCAUAACAGAUACUGGCAUUAGUCUAACACGUGGAACAACGGACACUAGUCCAGCACAGCAGCCAGCGCGUGGCCGAGCCGACAGGGACAUCGACGCUGACAUUGACGGAGAAGAAUCAGAAUUAACCGAUGCUGGAUUGAGUCCUAUCCAACCUGAUGAUAUUGGCCUCCCACCGAUGUCUUCUGACAUGAAAUUUUACGACGAAGAAGUGACGCUUGUUAGUUUCACAGAGAUGGGCACAAGUCCUCACGAUUAUCAGAUUGAGUCAAGUUCCGUAGCACUUUCUCCUAUAGAAAUUCCUACUUCAGAAGCGUCCGUCUACACAGAUUCUGUGGAUACAAAAGACGCAGGAGUGAGCCCAAUUGGCUCGGAUGAUGAGUCUCUCAAACAAUUAAGCUCUAUCUCGGCGUCGGCCCCUGUUUUGCCCCAUGACGCGGAUCUCGCACGCAGUCCUGAGGAAGACACAGAAUCUAAACGGUUCAAAACUGAAUUAGUAAUUCAGAUUGGUCCGGAAACUUCACACAGUUUGCCACAGAAGGACCCAAGUCCACCCAAGAAAAUAGGACCGAAGGUGAAAGAGCUCCAAAAGGUGUUUACCGAGCCAGAUGAAGGAGAAGACCUUAAAACAGCUGUGCAACGCACGGUGGACGACGAUUCUGACGAAGAAAGUUUGAGAUCACACCCGGGUGUAUCAAAAAUCGUGGAGGAAAUUGAAGACAGUCUGGGCACCCCAAAGCAUGCUCGGCGCUCGAGCAGCAAAGACUCGCCACCACGAGGCGCUUCAUAUGAUAAAAUUUCUAUUGACAAAGUCGAAACUGAAGUAACAUUUUCUGUGAUGGAAGAUAUAAAUAAAAGCAUAGAAAGCGAUCGUGAAGAAUUAACGGUAAAGGUAGCAGGGCAAUCAGAUGGAAAACGAACCGUUUUUGUACAGGAAACUAAUUUGGAUAACGUUAGUGUACAUCCAAUUACAACCAAAUCACAAGAACUCCAGAAAACAAGUAAAACGACUGAAACACCACAAGCUCCUCAAGAGUCAAAUUUACAUGAUAGAAAGAUUUUCGAGGAAAACGUGGACGAGAUUAUUGAAAGAGAAGAGGUGAAGCAAGUCGUAGUCAAGACUACUAGGGAAGAAACGACAGAAAUGGAAAACAGGGAAGAUAGCUCUGUCCUGACAUUUACAGUAAAAACAACUGCACAUGAAAUGAACAAAGUUGAAACUGUCAAAGAAACAAUAGCUCAUGUGAAGACUGUGACAUCUCACAGUGAACAACAACGGCAACCAUUUGCCCAAGACUUAGCAGCUACGGUUAGUGCAAUGGAGAAGCUAAGAGAUACAGUUGAAAAUAUCCUUCCCGAGUUUUCAAGUGACCAUGAAAACCGUUUAACUGAAAAACGAGAUGAAGGUUUGCCGACGGGUGUUGAGACAUGUCUGCAUAAAACUGAAGAGACACUUAAGCGGAUAAGCGAGAAACUUGACGUUUCUGGAGUACCCAAUGAGGUUUCAAACCAACACCAUUCAAUUAAAACAUUGGCUCCUGACUUGCUUACUGCGCAAACCACACUUGAGCGGAUUAGAAAGACGCUUGAUGACACCGAAUUGACUGCGGAAAACACAACUGUAGACAAUGCUCUCACAUCUGACCAUGCUGCCACCGCAACCCCAGAAAUGUCUUCUCCUAGCGCACAAGUUGAAGAAGAUUCUGCAAGCACUGAAAGCUCCGCUACACUUUCCGCCAUGGAACUGCAGAAAGGAGCAACAACUCAUCAGGAAAAUGUUGGUUCUCUCUCCACUACUAGUAGCAUUGAUGGAUCUCAUGUUGUAGAUGUUGUCAGAAAAGAGGUAUGUGACCCCAGACCACGCAGUUUGCAGAAAGAAGCUGAUCAUGUUGUAACAGAGAGGGACGUGUCUGAUCUAAUGUCAGAGGUAGCCGAAUGCACCCGUCAAAUAAAGCAGGAAGUGCGGCAGCUGAAACCAGAUUUGACUCCAACCCCUGAGGGAUCAGAUUUAGGCACUUUAAACUUGGCUCUAGCUAGGGCAACGGGGAUGUCACUCAUACCAGAGGUAAGCUGCAGCCAAACGACUGAACUUACAAUUCAACAUAAGGAGCCCGACGACCACGAACGACUUGAUUCGGAUUUAGAUGGCGAUACUAGACCGUGUUCACCUCCCGGUGAACGUAAGGUUUUAAGUUCGGAAGCAGACUUACGCGUUCCAUCUGCAUCUACACAAGAUGUAGAUUCAGUUUUGGAAACCCAAGCAGUAGCAGACGAAAAACUUGAUGAGGGCUCUGAGAAAGUGAAGAGUGGCAAAGUUGAGCCCGCGACGGUGCUAGCAAUUAAGGCCACCCAUGACUUGCUUGAGGCUGAACGUAAAGGGCGAAAUAUACAUACUUCAGAGAAAUCUGAAACAGACGAAACAAUUCACGUUAGCAGUGCUAGGGCUGAUGAUGGGCGAACAGUUGAAAGCGAACUUCGGUCUGCUUUGAUUGUUUGUGUGGCCGUAGGGCAAUCAAUGGCAUUAGAUGCAGUCUCGAAACCUAGUCAGGAGGGCGAACAGCUAGUGGACCAAAGUGUGGAGUGCAUUUCUGACAGGUCGUACGCACACCUAGUAAAGGACGAAAAGGAUAAGGUAAAUGACGAGAUAAAGGUAUCGGGAGAUAGAGGGGAACCUUCAAAAUACAUAAUGUCUAUAAAAUCUGAGUCUAAAUCUCUUUCUGAGAAAAUCGUGACUACCAAAUUUGAUGAAAGAAUGAAGUCUUCUGAAAACGCAUCUUCCGAAAUCGAAGACAAAGAGAUAAAAGUGGUUUCAUUAGGAAAAUCGCCCGACGUAUACACUGACAAGCCAAUUACAACCCCGACAGCAGUAGAUAUCAGCGUAGUAGAUGCUAAAACCACUUUAAAGGUGACAAAUGACUUACUCAAAUCAGAGCGUGCUUGUUUGCACGAUUUUCAUCCCGGUUUAAAAACGGGUCUCGUACUUACAGACGUGAGCACUAUAAGAGACGAAAAGGAUCCCUCCGUAAAAAUAGCCGUAGAAGAUGCGCGCCUUUUAGCAGAUGCAACGAAAGCAUUGGAUGAAGAGAAAAACGUAAAAGAGGAAAAGGUAAAACAAGAAAUAACGAAGGCUGAGGCCAUUCUUAGUCAGGGUUCUUCUGUCAAAACUGAUGAACAAAUAAUUAUUGAAGUCGAGGAAAGACUAGAAAAAGACAUUGAAAUGCCAGCCGCAGACUCGCGAGAAUCCACACCUGAAACAAGGCACAAAAUAAGAGGAAAAGUAAAAGAAGCUAAAAAAGCAGUCGGUGGUUUCUUUGGAUCACUAAUGGGACGGUCAAGGGACUCAGAUUCAGAACAAGAAAGCGAUUCUGGAAGAAGUGCAAUUCCUAAAAAGUCAAAAAAGAAAAAGAAAGGUGAAAAGGAAAUGAAAAAUAUAUCUGAGGAAACAGUAGUGACAACACAAAUACGCGACGAAUUAGACAGUGUAGGUGAAAGGAAUACAGACUUACUUUCAACUAAACAUUUUUUGCUGAACGAAAAACAAAGCUAUCACGCGGAACCAGACUUAAAGUACGUCGAUGAGGAUGACACACAUAUUGACACAGAAACAAUUGAAAGUGUAACGAAAAGCUCUGAAAUAGCACUGACGGACGAAAAUGAACUAAAGCAAGGACAAAUGGGACACAAAAAGAAGGCCGGAGGGUUCUUCGGAGCCCUUCGGGGAAAGAGUAAAGAUGGCGAAGAAGCCAAAGAAUCUACCACCAAAGACACAAAACUCACAGAAACUGAGGCAGAAACAGACAAAACUACACUUGCUACUACCAAAGCUUUCUUGUUAAACGAGCAACAAAUGUACCAAACAGACGAUAUCCUUAAAAUACAAAGCAAACCAAUCGUAACAGAGCACCAAGUUGCUGACAUGGCAGAGAUUGAAACAGAAGACAAAUAUUUAAAGGGUAAAAUAAAAGGAAAAGGAGCAAAGAAGGUGGUUGGAGAAUUCUUUGGUUCACUACGAAGCAAGGGUAAAGACGUAUCGGAAGAAACAAAUGACGAAACAAAAAAUAAAACAGAUCCUGACGAAAUAAAUACAGAAAUAGAGCAGGAUCUGCAAGCCUUCUCGGAAAAAAGAAAAACUACAGAUGAACCACCGAAACCUAAAACAGAUAUGCUAUGCAAAGCAUCAAACGUAAAUCAAAUCGGAGACAAAAGUACUUUAAAACAAUCAGAACAAACACAAUUAUUUUUAGAAAACGAACAAAAGAUGUACCAAACAAACAAGAUCGACCCCAUUAAAAAAGAUACAUUACAAACAGAGCAAAUCAUGGCUAAAGGAACAGAAUUAGCAGAAAAACAGGUUAAAAUUCGCCAAGAGGUCGACAAGGCCAAAGCUACUGUAGCCGAGGCCAAGGAGGCGGUCGAGGAGAGCAAAGAGAAGGCGGCAGACACUGUCUCUGACAUCAAGGAUUCCGUUGAGCACGAAAAGGACGAGAUCUCGAAGAAGGGCAAAAGUAAAGUAAAAGAGGCAAAGAAAGCAGUAGGCGGCUUCUUCGGUUCCCUGAUGGGCAAAGGCAAGGACGCUGCUGAGAGCGUGUCGGACAAAGUUGACGAGUCGGUACGCGAGGCGAAAGAAGCGGCCGAGGCCGCCAAGACGGAAGUUGUGGAGGCCAAGGAUAGCGUCGCGAGCGCGGCCGCCGAGAAAGCGGAUGAACUCGAAAUCAAAGUGCAGGACACCGUGACUGACGUCGCGGCAGUCGUAAGGGAGGGCGCGGAGGCGAUCAAGGACGCUGUAGUGGGCGGGGCCGAGAAAGUAGGCGAUGCCGUAGACGAGGUAGUUAGCGACGGGCUGAAAAGUCUCGAGGCGGGCGCCGACGAGGCCAAAGCUACUGUAGCCGAGGCCAAGGAGGCGGUCGAGGAGAGCAAAGAGAAGGCGGCAGACACUGUCUCUGACAUCAAGGAUUCCGCUGAGCACGAAAAGGACGAGAUCUCGAAGAAGGGCAAAUGUAAAGCAAAAGACAGUUUGCCGAUGGGACAAAGCGAGGACACUGCUGACAGCGUGUCUGAUAUAGCCGACAAGUCACCACGCGAGGCGAAAGAAGCUGCUGUGUCCGCCAAGAAAGAAGUUGUCGAGGUCAAGGAUGGCGUCGCGAGCACAGCCGCCGAGAAAGUGGAUGAAGUCAAAAUCAGAGUGCAGGACACUGUCUCUGACGUCGCUGCAGACAUAAGAAUGGGUGCGGAGGCUUUUGUGGGCGCUUUUGUGGGCGAGGCCGAGAAAGUAGGCGAACCUUCUGAAGGUGUAGCUUAUGAACGCCUUACAGGCCUCGAGGCAGGCGCCGACAAUGCGGAACUUACUGAAAUUCGAAUCGAAGCGCAGGACACCGUGACUUACAUUGGUACAGACCUUAAGGGCCUCAAUGACGCUUUAGUGGACGAAGCCGAGAUUGUUGCUGUUACUGAUUACAGGGUUGUAAGCGAUGAGCUAAAAAGUCUUGAUGCGGGCGUUGUUGAAGUCAAGGCUUUUGCUGCCGUGGCCAAGGGCUCAGUCGAGAGCAGCAAUGAGAAUGUGGCAGGCACUGUUUUGUCAGAAGACUCGAAGAGGGUUUUAGGAGGUUCAAAUGAAGGUUUUAUUCCAUUGCAGUCAACUGCUUUUCAAGUUGGCAUUGAAAGUGUUGUAGAGAUGGCUGUGGAGACCUUGUCUGACGUUUUGACUGAUCCAGAAGUUAUUAAUUUUACGGAGCCUGAGAUUGAUUUGUUGUUAGCAGCUGAUGUUGGCAGUGAGGAGAGUGAUGGAAACCUUAAAGGCAAGCAUUCUCAAGAGACUGCUUUUCCGGUCGGUGGGUCUUUUGCUCAAUCGGAUUUUGAUUUGACGAAGCAAAACAGUUCUUCGAUAGUUCACGAACAGGUUGUCGAGAAAUCGGAUGGCAAUCUUUUAUUUAAGGAGGUAGCUGUAAUUUUAGGGCAUUCUAGUGAGGAGGCCGUAAAUCCUCUGAAUGUUGGUGAUAGCUACCGUGACAGCAGUUUUGUGGCCGAAGAUAGUGAGGACACCGGUUAUCCUAUUUCACAUGACGUAACAGUUGAUGUUGUCAAGGCUGUUGCGGUUGAGACUGCUCUGACACUGACCGCCCCACCGGUGACUGGCGGAGAUUUGUUUCCCAUCGUCGCUGAGGAAUCAGUUAUGAAAAAACAUACCUUCAGUGUAGGGUCGCCCACGAAAACGCUCCGAACACAAGUAAGUGACGUUCCUGAAGAGUCCCAGGUUAUAAGUCAGUCGUCUUCUGAUUUUGAUUUGGAACUCUUGGCUGUUCAGAGUGCCUUGGAGCAGGCACCUGGCGUUCCCGUAUCAUCCUUUGAGUUAUCUGGAAGUGAUGUUUCCCACACAAAAUUAGAGGAAGGAAUUGCACAUGUUUCGGGCGAUGCUAGCAAUGAACCUGUUUGCAUUCAAAAAGUUGUGCACAGGGCUAGUAUUGAUGAGAAUUUCCCUGAUGUCGAUUUUUCCCAGUUCCGUGAAGUGGCUGACGAUGAACUGCAUCGCCAGAAAAGUAGCAUUUCACCUCCAAACCUUGUUUCGCUUCGUUCAGCACGUCAUACACGGGACAUCGCGUCUACUGAAUCGUAUCCUGUAGAGGUUGAAGAGAUGUGUGUAAGGCGUGUUGUGCCUGAGCUCACAUCUUUUGAACCUUCUGACGUCAGCGAGCCAAUCAUACUUGAUAAUCAACCUUUAAAAACCGCUAAUCCAGAUAUGGAUGCCCAUGCAGAGGCCAGUAUCUCAAUUUUAACGGAUCGGUUUUUAGUCGAAGAGCGAAAACUUGUUGAGGCCCGUCCAGAACGUGUUAGUCACAUUAGUAGCGAAUUGCUACUUGAGCGUUAUAGUACUCUUACUGGUGCUUUUUUGUCUGAAGAGCGGGGAACCAUUUCAAAGGCACCUGCUGGUACUAAUGAUAAAGACAUGGGAGAACCACAAGGAGAAAAAGAAAAUUUUGCUUCUGUUCAACCUGGCGUAGAUAAGCCAAAACUUAGUGAUAGAAGCGAGUCGCAUCCUCGCCAAGUUGCAGCUCAUGAAUAUGAUGUUAAUGUAUUUGAGAAAAUAGCCACUCCUAUUAGUUUGUCUUUUUCAGAGCCUUCUCAAAGUUUUCGGUCUACCGAGAAAGUUCAGGUUAUUCUAAGUGAAGUUGAUAAUUAUUGUCCACCUGGGGAACAUCCAUCAAUAACUGCUGAUCUUGAAAAAGUUUCUCAUUGUGAAAACUUGCAGUCAACAAAGCCGUUACCUGUUUCCCAAGACAUAGCACAAGUUGACUUCAAACCAGAGUCGUCUGACGCCUUGAGUGGUAGUACAAAGUCGCAUAUUAUAGAUCCAAACGAUGUAUCCACGGCCAUUUCUCAAAGUUCCGCUCUGGAACAGUAUGCUUUAAGAACUACGCACAUUACUUCUUUAUCCGAAAUUACAUCUUCCAAUGAAGCACAAAGUAGCAUUGAUAGUGGAAACGAUCUCACCUGCACUAAGAAAUCGCGAGAGGUUGUGAAUGCACCUUGUAUUGAGUCUGUUGAUCUCAUAGAGUCUUGUGAUUUAAGUAAUGCUAUGAAAGUAGAAACAUGUGUUAGGGGUUCUGCCUCUCGAGGAGAACAGUUCGACGAACUCCGUAGUGGGACUGUAGUUGAAUCAAAACAUUUUACGGGUGGAAUAGCAGUGUGCAUUGAUACAACAGUUGAGGAGGUUUCCUCUGAUGUCACGGACGUCUCGAUAACUACUGUUUCAGAUGCAGUAGAGACUGGGUCAAGUUUUGAAAUUACUGACACAUCUAAUGACAGAGAUUCAUUCACUGGGGGUAGUGAGCGCAUUGUUGGAGGAGACAGUGAAUCAUUCCAAAUGUCCCAAACAUUGGAGAUUAAACACAGAGCUAGUGUCGAGGAAAGCUCGCGCUCUGGGGUGUUGCAGCGGAUUUCUGGUGGUGCAACAGCUGGGAUCGCUGAAGACAACACAUUCUCUACAGUAUCAUCGGAGGACUUUGUUGAGCGUGAUUACGCUGUUGGAGACUUAUUAGAACAAAGUGCUCUGGUUACGUCUCAGGCAGAGUCCCCAAACUGUGACCCGCCGAAUAACAAAGAGAUUGAAAGAAACGAUGAUAUGAUUGAAGUAUCAAUAGAUGUUCCAAUGUCAACUGAAAUUGAGUACGAGCUAACAGCUGUUGAAGAUUUAACGGAUGGAAACAUUCGUGAUGACAAAGAAUUACUUGCUUUGAAAACUUCGAAACGUCGUGUCGAGGCAGUUUCUUCAAAAAUGUCGAGAAAAGUUAGCACGGGAUCCUCAACUGUGAGUAGAACAGCACGGGCAGAGAAGUUUCAAAAGCUAAGCAGCUCUACAGCAUCUGGAUCUGUUGAGGGAAAGUAUACAAAUAUCACAAGAACCUCGACAUCAAGCACAACAUCGCAGCGGACUGUUGUUGAUUUGCCAUCCAAGAGAUCUGCGCAGAGUAAGGAUCAGCUGUCGACUUCUGCAAUGGAACCACAUAUAUCAACUAGUAAAGUUAAAUCAAGGGGUUCAUUAGAAAUUAAAAAGACUGAAUACCAAAGUCCUUACCGUCAAACCUCUGCUUUUAACUACAUGCGCUCAACCGUCUCCCGCGAUGCAAAGCGGGGAAAAGAAUCGCAAGAAACUAUAGAGAAGCUGUCAAGCAGCCAAAAGUCCUCUAGAGAGGGAACGCCCACUAAAAGAGUGCCACUCAAACAGACAACAAAAUCGGUUAGUGUAACUCAAUCUAUUCAGUCUGGACGAUCGAGACAUACAACGAGCGAAAAAGAUGCCCAAAACACGAAAAUGAAGCAAACUCAUGUCCAAAAGUCACCGCGUGAUAACACUCCGCCAAGAAAAUAUUCCACCAAACAGACAGCAAAAUUAGCUGGUACUUCCAGACCCUCAAGCGUGUCAUCGACGUCAUCAUCGACCCGUCGCGUAUCAGAAAGCAGCAGUGCCUCAAGCACAAGAAGUAACACAGCUCGCUCUAGAAGUGAGUACACAGCUCAACCAUCGUCAUCUGCUUCUUUCAAGCAUACCCAAAGGCAAUCGAUGACCAGUAAGGAUGCACCACACCAAAAAAUCUACACUGCUUCCCAUACUACAAGCGUUCGCCAAACCAAAUAUGCAACUAAAACAUCAACAUCAGUAACGGGUGUUGUGCUAACUGAGCCGUCCAAAAUUAAGAGGCGGGAACGGAGUGCGAUUCCUGUGUCAUCGUCCACUAAAGCUACAACAAAGCCGUCCAAAGUGCCGUCAAAUAACGUCCAGAAGAAGACAUCCCAGGAAUCCGUACCGUCCACAAUUACUGGGGAAGAUUUUGAGUUAACUGAGCCUGAUAGUUCGUCUUUGAUUCAAGACGAAGCUGAGUCACUUGGGAUUCUGAGUCCUUCAGGAGAGGCAGUUUCGAGACGCGCGUCGUCGGCACCGAUUCCAACAUCCAGAGAACCAAUGUUGCAUUCCCUCCACCCACGAUUGCAGACGUCACUGCCUUCAAGCCCAAGCCGCCUGGCGCGUGCCGGGAAUCAAGGACUUGUAACCCAGUUACUCACGUCAGAGGUUUUCACAAGAACAGUUGAAUCAUCGGAAGCUGUAGAGGUUGUCUACCACCAACCUGAACGACAACGCCGUCCUACCGAGGGCGAACAGUCAUUCAUCGACACAACCGACUCAUCCUUGUCGGAAUCCACAGCAAUUCCCUCGUCGUCUACCUCGUCUGAUCGGCGACGCUCCCGCUCAGUGUCACCUAAGGCAACAAAGCGAUCAGACGUUAUAUCGACGGUGGAUACCGCUGACACGGUGCUCUGUGCGAUAAAAGAGGAGCAGGGCGACACCCCCGUUACCAGAAGUCAGCAUUGCGACGGAUUUCUCACGAUGUGUGAUAUCCCUGUCAUCGCUAUCAGUUCAGGAGACGACGAAUCGGCUUCGGCAGCUUCCCAUGACGCACCAGGUUUAUUGUUCACUGAGGACCCAAGCCAUCUAACAGAUGUGGAUGUGUUUGAGGCCUCAGAUACCGGGGAUGACGAGGACGGGCAUAGAAGCCCUGGUGUUGCUAUUGAUGCCUGUGUUGAGUUCGACAACACUUUCCACGAAACACUUAAAAUGGGCGAUAGUCCAACUCACUUCGAAACAAUGUCCAGAAGUCGACCGACUGGAAUUACGUUGGUUGCACUAGAGAGCGAACUCGUCGAUGGGUCCACAGAUAUCGAGGAGUUAGAGGAUGAUGAAGGUGAUUUCGAAAUAGAGGAAGUAGAGUAUAAUGAUGACGAAUUACGCAUAAUUGAUACGAUCCUUGGUGAGACCGGUUACGUUGACAUUGCAGACGAGUUAAGAGGUUCGAUCUCAUGCUCCCCGUCUCCCUCAGUAACUCCAGAUUAUCUCGCAAAAAAACAUAAGCAUUCUGCGCGUUCCAUUAAGAAAAUUUCCAAACGCAAACUUCUUGCACCAUCCCACACUUGGAGUCAAGGUGAUGAACAAGUAGACUGUGCAAAAUCAAGUAACAGAUUGAAAUCGCCCAGUCCCCGCUCGCGCCGACGGCGUAGCAAAUCCCCAAGAGGCCUUAUACCUGAUAUGCAAAGUGAAAGUAUAACCGAUAUCGAAGAUUUAGACCUGUCUGCUUCUGAAGAGCAUGUUAGGGAAGACAUUACGCCAACUGAGCUAGAUCUACCCGAACGCGGUCAAAUGAUCAUUUCUCAAGUUGCGCCUUCUUCGCCUAGUGAAAUUCUUGGAGCCGAUACAGAAGGAGAGGAGUUGGCACUGUCGGAUCUUGAUAAUCCUGGGGUCAAUCUUGAUAUUCCGCCGGUCCCUUAUUUAAGCGUAAGUCCAGACGUCACGGAGGCGCUUACGGACUUUGAGGAUGUCGAUUUUGAUAAAGAUGAAAUAAAAACACGUAUAACCAAAGAGGGGCGAGGCUCUGUUGAUGUGAUUCACAUCUCACGCCCUUCUCGUAAUAAGAAAGAAUGUUGCGAGUCCAGCUGCACCAGUUCUGACGAAGAGUUAGGCUUGCAGCGGAAAUGUGUUACAAAGCGUAAAGUUCCAAGAAUUACACUGCGAAGGGCAGAUGAAGGUGACAGCUCUGAUCAUGACGAAUCAGUCGAGUUGGAAAAGAAUUCUGGGCCUAUUAUAGCGGACAGAUACGGAACAGACUGUGAAGACAUCAAAUUCACUGAUCAUAGUGACAUUGAGGAGCACAGUGGACUCGGUGUCCUAAAUGUUCUUGUAUCGGACAUAGGUGGUCUGACAGACACUGAAAUAUACGAAGACGACGAAUCGUUGCGCCCAUGUACUCCCGAACCUGACUUUGACGUCACUGAUGAACGUAUGCCUGCACCAGUUCGCGAACUAACUUUGCUUAAAGAAAUCGAAGAAGGUAGACCAGAAUCCGUGGUACUGCCCUUAGGCGAUGGUCGGCCACUAGGCCUGAUGGUUGCUGCGGAAGAAACUGCUGGCACAACAGACACGGAGUAUAUCCUGGGUGAGUCAGAGGAUGAACAUUUCGAUUGCAGAAGCCCCGAUUUGCCCGACAUAGAUGGAGGGUCAGUGAAAGCAACUGACUCGGUCAAAUAUCAAAAGAAAACAUCAAAGACGUUAGCUGCGGGGACUGACUUUUUUGAUUCAUUAACUGACACUGAAGAUGCGAAUAAAAAUGGCUGGUCUAAGAAAAGACGAGCAAAGAAACAGGUUGGAUUAAAGCACGCUACUUCUUCCCUUUUUGUACAAGAAUUCCAAAUCGGUAAAUCUGACGUCGAAGAGAUCGAAGUAAGUGAUUUUGAAGAAUCGUUAAAAGUCGAGAAUCUUGGAACAAACUUUCAGUUACUUAGUAUACACCAUGCCCAAGAGGAGAAAACAGAUGUUGAAGACAUGUCCGCGACGUCCGGACUUGAAGAAGACGAGUAUGACAAUACUGAAAAUAGAGCCACACCAGAGAUAUUCAAAACAUUUGGCGUUGAAGUGGUUGCUAGCGCAGAGGGGGACGGCCCUUUUACUGCCGAAAGGCGUAAAGAAAUAACUUCCUACACAUCAAAUCUAAAGUGCGGAUCAGUCAGUAUUCCAUUAGAAGUAAGCAACACCGAUAUUGAGGAUGACUUUGUUACAUCUGCUGACGAAGAGUUAGUUCGUUCAGCUCGCGUGUCCAUAGAUGUGGAGCAAUCAAUUAUCUUUGAUAAAUCGAUGCGCAAAAUUAAUCUGGAGGCGCCAGAGGAAGCGCCAUAUGUCAAAGGGCGGCUUCUUGGGGAAACCCACACUGACGUCGAAGAAGUUGGUCUUUCUGAGGAAGAAAUGACUGGACAUUUAACCGUCGUAGACCAGCUCCCAGAAAUAUGUGUCUGCGUUACAAGCCAUGAAAGUGGGCCGCUGAGCUCAUCGGUCUGUGUUUGUGUAUCUCGCGAUCAGGGUCAUCUAUCCCUCAGACGCAAUACUUCUGAUCUGGCAGCUGAAGACAGAGACCAUUCCUCGGAUGUAGCAUCCCCACAACUAGAAGACCGCACCACUCGUCAGUUUUCGGACGGGUUAGGAGGAGGACGGAUUGGAUCAGAGGUGCCGCCCCCAUCCUCUUGCCCACACCCUACCCCACGACUUCAGACUGCUGACAAAGACGAUGACCCAGAUUCUGAACCUGCAAUUCAAGAGAAUAUUAAGAGUUAUUCUGAAAGGCGUGCUUUUUGGGAACAAGUUGCUAGCUCUGGUUCAGCGGAAACACCAACUGAAUCUGUACUUAGUCCAACGCAAGUUGUGGCUUCUCAGCAUGAGGAAAUUGAGAUAGUAAAUGUAGAAAUUGCACCUGUUCCAGUCCCAAGGCACAGUCAGCGCAACGAGAGUGUUGACUCUGAAGCUGACUAUUUAACAAAGCGAGGCCAAAACUUAGGCGAAGAAAAUAAUGCCUUUGUCAACGACGACGAAACGUGCGCACCGAAACGUCCGACAAGAAUGCACUCCGUAGAGGAAUACGGUGAUAAACCACCCCCUGUCGCAGUUCGGAAGGCGCUUUACGAAAGAUCCAUAUCACUUCCUUGCACUGACGAGCCGGCUACAAACAAACGCAAGAAACAGUUUGAAGACCAUGUGCGCAAAGAAUUGGUUGCUGAAAAUCUGCUUAGCCAGCUUGAAGAAGAAGCCGUUCCAGAACACAAAGAACUACCUCACAGGGGACCAAGUGACGACCUGGGAGAUUCUAUAUUUUCCGAUGAGACUUCUGAAACAGAUUUAGGAUUGGAUAGACCAUCCGCCGCAUGCUUGUCACACACUCUUGACAAGGACGAGGCCGUUGACAAUGUAAUGAGAGACGCUGCUGUCGCCUUAGUGGAAGAAACGGUUAGUAAUGCAGAAGCAAUGGUACACAAGGCAGAGCAACACGUUAUCCAAUACCCCGAAGAAGAAGUAAUUGAAUGGCACGAAGUUCGAGAUUCAAAGAAUAACUUUGAUACACCUCAAAACUACAAUAAAAAAAUAAGGGACUUCUCAGAUGACGAUAAGACCAAUACAGAACUUCGAAGAGAAAGUUUAGCUCGCACUCAUGAAGUCUCUAGCUCAAGGCUAGCGGAAGUAAUGCAGUACAAAGGAGAGACAAUUUGCAAACCCUCGGAUUCUCUAGAAGUGCACGUCGACAAAAGUGAAACCGAAGACACCGAAAAAUCUCGAGACCUUGAUGAAGACAUCAGGGAACUAGAGAACCAACGGCGCGCAGAGUCUCGCGUCUCAAGUGCUGAUAGCAAGGGUGCCCGAGGCCCUGGAGAUCAUCAAAGUCAAAGUUCUAGUGAGGACACACAAUGCGAGUCUGAUGUAACACCUGAAGACCAUCCUGACCAGUCGGAAGGACAUUUAUUGUACCAACCCCAGCAAAAUAUUCAGGAUAUAGUGUGGGAAGUCGGCGUUCAGGAUCAACCUGACCCUCUUGCGGAAGAAUUUGUUCACGACAUACUUGUACCUUCCGGUCAAAUUAUACUCCAGAAUGGGGAAAUUGAAGAAUGUCAGCAGCACACGUCACAUACUGUUAACACCAUUCCUACUCAUAUUACGGAAGAGGAAGCUAGAAAAGUUGCCGAAGAGCUAGUUCAAGAUAUAGAAGAGGAAGUGUCGAAGAGACAGAUAGAAGUCCCAAUAAUUGAUACGAUUCGUCAGAUCGCCGAGGAGAAAAAACUAGAGGACAGAGAAAUAGAACUUAUGGAGUCUAUUUUAGCCAAGAAGCAGCGCGAUCAAAGUCAUUUGUUUUCGCGAACAGACACCACUACGUCGAGCAUGGAAAUUACCGAUGAAGAUCUCCGCAGUAGUGGGGUUGAAAUUGACUUGUCCCCAACAGAAAGUCAAUCUGGCUUGUAUCAAUGUAUGGACCCUCGAGCUAGGCAAGAGGACGAAAAACCAGAAGCCCUUCGUUCAGAAGACAUCGAUCUCAGUGACUUGAAGCCUGAUCCAAUACAAAUAGACGAUACGACGAAUGAAAAACUACAGAAGAAUUUUUCAAUCAUUGAGGAAUCCGAUGAAUGUGAUACACGAUCUGACCAUUCAGAAGUUAGAGCUGACUUAACCCGCAAGGGCAAGUACGAUGUGGAGUCGCUAGACGAACUUCAACAAUCAUUAAAUGCAGUUAAUGAAGAGUUGGAGGAAGAAUUAGUAAUAAAAGAUUUCCCCUCAGAUGCUCUUGGUUGUUACAACAUUUCUGAGUCGCAAGAACCACCCCUUGAGUGUAAUAACAUGUCUCCAGCUCAGUGCGUCCCUCGUGGUUCUCCAACCGGUUCAACGACAAGCAGUGGGGGCAAGAGAACACCACCACCUAAACCAGAGAGAAAAUCAAAGGAAUCUACUGGAGCACGUGACGGCAGUCCUCCGGGGGUUCCCACUUCUGAGAAAGCCGUCGACAGAUUAAACGAACAUAUUGCAAUACGCGCAGAGAGUAUAGAGUCCCAAAAGUCAUCAUCUCAAGACGAUAAGUCACCACUGAGUUCCGGUGAAACCAGCAAAGAUAUGGUGGACACUCAAAAUGUAGUUCGGCGGCAUCAGUCGCGCCCCGAUGGAGAGUCUUCCAGUUCUGGAGAGCGAAGUAGUGGUGCGCUUUAUCCAGACCGGCGUUCAGGGGCAGAUUUUGAUCCUUACUCGAGUUCAAGUGAAAGUCAUUAUCACUCAUUUGAACAAUCCUACAGCAGACCGUGCUCGUCUGAUGUAGAGGGGCUUCUUGCUGUUACAACAGGUUCUUCCGAGUAUGAGUCUGCGCUUGCUUCGGCUCGCUCUAUGACAUCAACUGAUUACCAAACAGCAGUCAGUUCUCUGAGUUCAAGAGAAUCCAUGAAAUCACUGGACUCUGAAAGUAGCGGGCAUCUAGCAAGCGUAGAAGUGUCGAGUGAGGCGUCUGAGACACUCGUUCCAUCAGGGGCAGAUCUUGAUGAUAUGGAUGACAGCAUAAACAUUGUGCUAGACGACGAUCUUGAACGAAGGUGUGACCUUAGUUUUCAAGAGCGCAAUCGCGCCGGAGUUCUUUCUCAGGAGGUUUCGUGUGUAGCAAAAUAUCCUAGUGCUGAUGUGUCUGACGACGACGCUGAGGAUACGCGAGAUCAGAUUGAAACUGACGAAGAAGACGAAAUACCACACAUAAUGAAAAGGUCCCAUGAAAUGACCUUCAACCAGGAGCGGAAGGAGCAGUCGUCGUGUCCCGAUGAUAAGCUGGCUUCAAGCAUGGACGGAGACACUGGAAGUGUCUUAAGCAUGAGUAUAUCAAGUGCAUCUGAAACCAUAGCGGUUAAAACGGUGGUUGAGCUGUCAAGAACUGACUCCGACAAAAUGGACGCGUCAGCAACAUCCGAGCAGCUAACUGUGUCAGCUACCUCUCAAGAAAUGAGUAUUUCAUCUGAAUUCAAAGAGGAUGCGGAGGACAACAUUGUAUCGCUACUUCCGAAAACUGUCGAUUCUGAGACCUCAACACCAACUCACCAACGUGACAGUAAUGUAUCGUCUGUUACUUUAUUGACGUCAACUGUAGACGAAAAUGGGAUACAGUCCGCAAGCACACAAGUGACCUCAGAAAGUACAUGCGUUCCUCACGAGUUGCCAAGAAGGUCUCAUCGUCGUAAUGAGAGCACAAGUAAUUUUUCGCAAUUCAUCCCACCAAAAUCGUUGCCUGAACAUGUUUCUAAUCCGCUUAAGGAAAGCCACGCACCCGAGAGUGAUGGUUACUAUGAAGAACACAGAACGUCUCCAACUGAUGGAACGUUCUCAUCGAAGAAAGAUCUUGAGGAGUCCUACCAAACAGAGGCAGAUCAAGCAUUUCACCGCGAGGCCCGCGAAGGUCGCUAUUUGUCGGACGAUGUAGAACCAGAACUGGAGCAGCUGGAUGGGAGCAGACCGCAGUCUCAAGUAAGCAAGUCUGACUCUGAGAGUGGCCACAGAGCCGUUUCAUCUGGAUUUUCUGAUGAAAGAGCUGACUCUGAACUAGCAGAAGUCUUGCGACAGGGGUCUUCCGAUACUGCCUGCGAAGACAUUAUUGAGCGCCCCCUCACACCGGAGCCGGCAGAGGAGAUUCAAAUAAAACCCGAUCUAACUGAAUUUUCCUCUGAAGCACUCGCAAGUGUAUCUGAAUUAGACAUGGAAUACAGUCAGGCACAUGCCUUCAGCCGUACUGUCGAGUAUGCUUCGCACGUGAGCCCUCUUAAAGACAAACCCUGUGUCGCUUGGGAACACCCAGGCGAACACGAAGAUGAAAUGGCGGAGGCCGAGGCGGCAUUCCACAUGGUUCCCCACCAUUCUCCUCACCAUGGAGUACACCAUCAUCAACCGAAUCUACCUGAGACAAUUAUAGAGGACGAGGAUGCAGAGCAGAGUGAACUAGAGGCGCGUGAAGCAGCGCUUAAAGAGCAGGUUCGUCGGAGAGAGGAGCACAUGCGUAGCAUAUCACCAGCAAACAUUCCAGAUAUAACCGUCACUCAGCACAUGGCCCCAAUAAUUGAUAAGGAAUUCCAGUAUCCUGACUUGGAGCAAGAUGACGAGCAAGCCAUUGUUGAAUCUGCAAUGUCGAGCAGGGAGUCUACAACAGUUUCAGAAACUACGACGGACUCCAGCCAAGGCAGAGAGUACGUCCUUGACGACUCACUAAUGACUCAAUCUGAAGGGUCAACCGUUCUUGAUCAGACUUGCAAAGAAGUAAAGAGCAAAAACAGUGAAAUUGAUUCAGUAACAGAAUCUCCCACGAGCGAAUCAUUUGAAAUGUUAGAGAAACCAGAUGAGGCUCAUUCGAAGCAAGAUUUUUCCGAGGACUUUGUUAUUAUAGAGGAAAUUGGAAAAGAAGCCAAAGAAAGCGAUACUGAAGGAAAGGGGGUUCGGAUUGCGUCGGCCAGCAUUCCAAUGAAACGUAGAGAACCAGAGCAUGACGAUGAGGAAUUCAUUGCACAAUCGCCACCCCCUCCAGUAACGCGUAAGAUGGAUGUGAAAUACUAUGGUGAGGGUGGCAUGUUAGAUGAAGAUGACCCUUUUAGAUUUGACGUUGCUCAUGACACUGACCAGUCCGCAGGAGACGACGAAAUAGAAAAUGAAGCAGAAGUUGAGGCAGGAAAAAAGUGGAUUGAAAUGCAGUUUGGUGUCGAAGAACCAGCAGCAGUUACCGCAGGAUACAAUUACGAAAUGGAAUUUGAACGAGGACCACUAGAAGACAUAAAAGAAGAGGAUGAAAUGGGAACGAGUAGUAAAAUAGGAAGUGUUGGUAGUCAGAAAGAAUCUGUUGGCAGUUUUGGGAGUGGUAGUGUGAAAGAAUCACUAAGCAGUACUCCCGAGUAUGACGUGCUCGCCGGAAAAAAAUAUUUCACCCGAUCAGGAGAACAUGAUGACAUUUCGAUGAGCUCAUUGCAGGAAUUUGAGAGCUUGGAACAUCAAUUAGCACUUGAUUCAGCUCACAAGCGAAUGAUUGGAUCACAAGAUUCCCUUAAUGGUUUACCUAAAAAGCGGAUUGCAGGGGACGACAUAUCUCUGGCUUCCCUGCAAGAGUUUGAAAAAAUGGAGAAAGCAUGUGUAGAGGCGGAGCGCAUCGAAAUACGAGCGAGGGUAGAAGAGGCAAUGUUAUCUGAAAUUGAUGAGGGGCACGAAAGUCAAGUAUCUGACUCAGACGAAACCAUUUCUGGCGCUGCAAUGAAAACUAUAGGAGAUUCUGAUUCUGAUGACUACGAUAAACGUAUGUUUGAAAUCGACGAGAUUAUUCGCCAAGCUCAAUCCAACGUUGAACGUUUUGACGAACCACCGCGAUGCUCUGGAGGUGAUCCUGAGUCUUUUGGUCGUGGCGACUCCUUAGAAGAAGUGGCUAGAGUGCCGGAUUUGGACUAUGAUGCUCCGAUGUCUCUUAUUACUAGUACAGAUUCCUUGGAAAUUCGGAAGUUAUCAGAUUCCAUGGUUACAAGUUCAGAUUCAUUGGAUGUUAAUGUUAACCAGAGUCAGCAUAUGAUCACCAGUGCAGAUUCCAUUGAACUACAACAACAGUUGAAGAACCCAAUGAAAGCUGACAUCAUGACUGAUUCGAUUGAGCUUCCAACAGACCCUAGCCACAUGAUAACUUCAUCUGAUUCCUUAGAGCUCGAAACAACUUUAGAAAGAGGGGAUGCUGAAGACGAAGAGGCUUCGCUUGCUGGCAGGGGAAGUUUAAAAUCAGGAACUGGAUCACUUUGCGACAGGAGCAGUUCUAGCGGCCGAGAUGGCGAUCUGAGCUCGUCCAGUGCCUUUGGCGCUUGCGGAGGAGGUAGGAUAGACCCAUCUAUGCUCGGGAGCACUGACUCUUUGGAGCCAUCUAGCUCAACUGCUACUCAUGCAACGUAUCAGUAUGAAACGGACUCCAACAUGUCAUCUAGUUUUACCAGCGGGGGUUCUAACACUAUGAUGUCCAGCACAGAAACGCUUGAGGCAUCAGCUUCCAUCCCUCCUGAGGGAGUGUGGUUUGAGGAGACGUUUGUAGAAGGAGGGUCCUUCAUUCACGAGACUGUUGAGCCUUCUGAUGACCCUGAAUAUUCCCAUGUAAUAAAACGAAUAGUACAGAGUUCACCGGAGAUUCGCAAAGUUACAUUUAGAGGCCCUACUUCAGAGGCUGCCCUUAAAGACUAUAUUGAGAGAUUUGGUGCAGGGGACCAAUCAUACGAAACUCAACAAACAGGACCUGAUGGCAGUGUACAUACAAGUCGUGUCGUACAGCAUAGAGUUGUGAUGCGCGAUGACGUGCUUCGAACUGACCUGACAGGACCAGAGCUGGAGGACUAUCUUAAACUCCACGGCAUGAACGAGACUGACUUAACAAAUAUCCUUUCUUCAUCGUCCUCCUCCCAAGCCGAGGUACCCGGUCCCGGGGCUAUAGUCGCUACAACCCAGCAUCGACUAACUGCCUCCCACCUAACAGGCAUGGGAGCCACGGAAGGCACCAACCCCAGCGCUGCUCCUACAUCAGCCCUGCCUCGUCGGCCGCCUCCGUCUCAUGACAUUAGCGUUGAUGAUGAGCCUGAGUUUGACGUUCGAGAGCACGACUGGAGGUUCAACCUGCAGCAUAGCGCCGAGGCUCCGGAAGAAGAGGAAGUGAGUUCUGCUGAAGAAAAGCAGUGAGCAUCAGUACAACUCUCCCUCUGCCCGCCGGCAUCUUUAGGAAGUGCUCCCAAAUUUGGCCCAUUUGGGUCCACUGACGCGAGAUGUUCGGCCAGGAAAGUGCAGCAGCUCGAUUCCAAGCAUUUUCAACUAUCAGCGACCUUGAAAAAAAAAAAACCGUAGUGUAUAAUGCUGUCUUGAGCUGUAGCAGCUAGCUGGGUACAUUGACCAACUCUCGAUAUAGUGACUGGUUACCUGACCAGCAGAAAAUAAAUCUUCGGAAAACCGUACAUUCUUGUACCAGACUGCCCUCGUUCCCCGCACGGAGCUGAAGGCAUAAAAAAUUCUUUUUUCUCGUCAUUUUUUUCCACUGGUUACAAUAGAAUUUUGAAAACGGGAUUUAGUCUGUUGUUAAAGCUAAACACACUUAAUUCUUUCUCCUUAUCAAAGAGACAUUUCUUGUGGAAUCAUUUAGUGCUCCAUCGAAGAAAUAUGCCUUGUGUAUGUAUUUCUAACCAAAUCAACUGUAUAAACAUCGAUACAUAUGUCAUAAUUGAUCUUGUUGCUGGUAGUUGUGUAAAGUCUUUGCUGCUCUUGCAAUAACUUGUUUUAUAAACACUUUUCAAAUUAUUACUUUGUUACUAGAUUGAAAACUCAAUCAAAAUCCAGCAGCAAGUACUUAUUUAAAUUAUUUAAUAAGCUAAUAGAAAAAUAUUGUAAAAAAGUUCUUCUUUUGUUUCAAAUGUAAUGACAGAUACUUUCAAAAGGAAAAAUCAGAUUAGGAUUAGAAAAGUGCAUGACAAUUUAAAAUUGCAAAUGUUAUAGAAAAAUGCUGCCCUAAGCAGGCUUUUUUGUUGUUGUUGUCCAAAACACGCCUCUCCCUUAGCAAAUGAUAGCUUUCUAAAUGUAUUUUUGUGGAUCCUUUCUGGAUGUCAGUGGAGGGUUUAUGCGAAGUGAAGUAGAAAGGCGUGUACGUAGGCUUUCUUAAGCCUGGUUUUAGUCUUCAUAUAGAUCAAGGUUGCUUUUUUAUGUAUGUGAUUCAACGAUGGAUUAGUACAGAAACUUUGUAGUGUGGUGGAGAAUAAUGGAGGACAUGCUCUACGUUUGAAUGCGAGUAAAUGUAUGAUGUGUUGUUUACCCAACCGAAACUUUAUGUGGUAUCUUCGGUCGGUGAAGUGCAUUAUAUUUUGUUCUACAGCAAAAAAACUUUUAAUUAUAUGAAACAUGUGUAUUUGAUCUAUGCUUUAACACUACUCUUCGAUAAAAAAUAAAAUUUUGAGUAUCUGA